CUAGCUGCCAUUACUUUCCCAACAACUCCUCAAAGCCAAGUGACACUCUCUUUCUCCUCCAAAACCCUCACCAAUGUCAGCUCUCCUAAACCCAAUUGCCCGGCUCUUCAUCAGCAUUCUGUUCACGGUAUCUAUUAGGGCCGCUGUUGGAGUUAGUCAUGGUGCGUGUAACGACACCUGCGGUACAAUCCCAGUCCAAUUCCCUUUUGGAACUGGAUUUGGAUGCGGCCACCCUUUCUUUGCAAGAUAUGUCAAAUGCAGCGUGGGGACACUUGAGUUCUCUACUGUCACGGGCAUUUACACUGUUUCCUCCAUUGACUAUCCAACAAGAACCGUCAUUGUGACAGACCCUCUCAUGUCAAAUUGCUCCUCAAUGCAGAACUCUGGAAGCUUCAGCUUGGAUCGAGCCAGCCCCUUCACUCUAACAGACGACAACAUCUUUGUUCUGCUAGGCUGCUCCACAACAUCCCCUCUUUUCGAUCCGAGUGUAGAUUCGUGCGAUACUGGGUCAAGUUCUCGAGUUUGUAGAGGUUUGUAUUCCUGCAAAGCGGUAACUGGAAUUGGGUUGCCGCAGAAUGCACCCAUAUCCACAUGCUGCGUUUAUGACUCACCAAAAGGCGUAGGCUAUUCUCUGGAUCUUCCUAAACUCCAAUGCUCUUCAUAUACUUCAAUUUACGAAUUUGGGGACGAGGGGGAUCCAACGAAAUGGAGAUUCGGGAUUUCUUUGCAGUACAAUGAUUCCUAUUACACAGAUGCAUGCAAGGAUUGUGAAAGUAGUGGAGGUUUAUGCGGGUUUGCUGGAAUGGAAGAGUCAUUUGCUUGCAUUUGCAAGGAUGGUGUGAACACUACAACUAAUUGCUUGGGACAUGGGUAUGCGUGGAACGGUGGGACAUGGGAACCCAAAAUUCAAGCAAAUAUGAUCAUUGGAGUAUGCGUGCUCUUGUGGACUUUGCUAUCUUUUUGAACUUUGAGGCAGUAUAUGGGAAUUGUUUGCAAAAUGCCAAUUCCUUCAUUUGAUUGAACUACAAUUGAUAAAUUAGUAAUGUCUUUUCUUCUUCUUUUUCUUUUUCCUUUUUUUUGACAAUAUUAUAUAGUAAUAUCCGAUGAUUUUUGAAUUGUUCCAUCUUACCAUUUGCUUAGAUGCUACAACAUUAACUUGUUCUCUGUAUGUACCAAAUAGUUGUUAAUAUCAACAUGGACUCAAUAUACAUUGAUACCAUAA